UCACUUGCAAUGAUAAGAGUAAGGUGAUUCAUAUUGUUAAUAUCUUUUCUCUCUCCUUAUCCGCUUCAUCUAGGACACCCCGAACCAGUUGCAGACAGUACCUGUGCUCACUCCAUUGAGAAGAACGUGAAGAACAUUGUGAGUCUCUUUACAACAAUUAUCCUAAGGAAAUUCCUCAAGGUGCCCCCUUGACCAUGGCCACAAGCCCACCUUCUCUGCUUUUAUCCACAACCACCAGCACCAACAACCAAAGCCAACACCUUAUCCACUUGCUGAACGAACCCACCACUAUCACUAUGCCUCAGCUCAAGCAAAUUCACGCUCAAACGCUUCGCACAGUUAACAGCAACCACCCAAAUGCUAUCUUUCUCUACACCAAUAUUCUUCAACACUACUCCUCUCUGACUCAGCCCAAUCUCACCUACGCCACUCGCGUGUUUCACCACUUUCCCAACCCAAAUUCCUUCAUGUGGAACACUCUCAUAAGAGUCUACGCAAGAAGCACCAACACCAACCACAAACACAAGGCCAUGGAGCUCUACAAAACAAUGAUGACAAUGGAAGAAAAAACCGCAGUUCCCGAUAACCACACGUUCCCUAUUGUUCUAAAGGCUUGUGCUUACACUUUUUCUCUCUGUGAAGGAAAACAGGUGCAUGCCCACGUUUUGAAACAUGGGUUUGAGUCGGAUACAUACAUCUGUAACAGUUUGGUUCAUUUUUAUGCGACGUGUGGGUGCCUAGACUUGGCAGAGAAAAUGUUUUAUAAGAUGAGUGAGAGAAAUGAGGUUUCGUGGAAUAUCAUGAUUGAUUCUUAUGCUAAAGGUGGAAUCUUUGACACUGCCUUGAGAAUGUUUGGUGAGAUGCAGAGGGUGCAUGACCCUGAUGGGUAUACAAUGCAGAGUGUUAUUAGUGCUUGUGCUGGUUUGGGUGCUUUGUCUUUGGGUUUGUGGGUUCAUGCUUAUAUUUUGAAAAAGUGUGACAAGAAUAUGGUUGAUGAUGUUUUGGUCAAUACUUGUUUGGUGGAUAUGUAUUGCAAAAGUGGGGAGUUGGAAAUUGCAAAGCAAGUCUUCGAAAGCAUGGCUUUUAGAGAUCUGAAUGCAUGGAAUUCAAUGAUAUUGGGUUUAGCAAUGCAUGGUGAGGCUAAAGCUGCAUUGGACUAUUAUGUCAGAAUGGUGAAGGUAGAAAAAAUUGUGCCUAAUUCAAUCACUUUUGUUGGUGUCUUGAGUGCAUGUAACCAUAGGGGAAUGGUUGAUGAGGGGAUUGUGCAUUUUGACAUGAUGACUAAGGAGUACAAUGUGGAACCAAGAUUGGAGCAUUAUGGUUGUCUUGUUGAUCUUUUCGCUCGAGCCGGACGCAUCAAUGAGGCUCUAAACUUGGUCUCAGAAAUGUCAAUCAAACCAGAUGCUGUAAUCUGGAGGAGUCUUUUGGAUGCAUGUUGCAAGCAAUAUGCAAGUGUUGAGCUAAGUGAAGAAAUGGCAAAGCAAGUCUUUGAGUCAGAGGGGAGUGUGUGUAGUAGUGGAGUUUAUGUGCUUUUGUCAAAAGUGUAUGCUUCUGCUUGUAGGUGGAAUGAUGUAGGAUUGCUUAGAAAACUAAUGAGUGAAAAGGGUGUGACUAAAGAGCCUGGCUGCAGUAUAAUAGAGAUAGAUGGAGUGGUUCAUGAAUUUUUUGCUGGUGACACCACUCAUCCAAAGAGUGAAAAUAUAUAUAAGGUUGUGAAUGAAAUUGAGGAGAAGCUAGAAUCAAUAGGGUAUUUACCUGACUAUUCAGGGGCACCUAUGGUUGAUGAGGUUAAUGAUGGAAAACUGAAUACUCUGAGGUUGCACAGUGAGAGACUGGCUAUAGCUUUUGGGAUCUUAAACUCAAAACCUGACGUGCCAAUUAGAGUGUUUAAGAACCUUAGGGUGUGUAAUGAUUGCCACAGGGUAACUAAAUUGAUCUCCAGGAUUUACAAUGUGGAGAUAAUUGUAAGAGAUCGUGCUCGAUUCCAUCAUUUUAAAGAUGGAACAUGUUCUUGUAUGGAUUAUUGGUGAUA